AAAUGGACCCUUCCGGUAACUUCUACAAUUACAGAACGGCGUUGAGAGGAGCGACACAGAGGUGCAGAACAGCCAAUAGCGUUAGAGAGAAGAUUGUUAUCCCGUUCUUCAGCCUACUGAUUAAAGACAUCUACUUCCUGAAUGAGGGAUGUUCCAACAGGAUGCAGAAUGGACACGUUAACUUUGAGAAAUUCUGGGAGAUGGCGAAGCAGGUCAGCGAGUUCAUGGUUUGGAAGAAGGUGGAGUGUCCGUUUGAGAAGGACCGCAAAAUUCUACAGUACCUGCUUACUGCACCGGUCUUCAGCGAGGACGCUCUGUAUCUGGCCUCUUAUGAGAGCGAAGGCCCUGAGAACCACAUGGAGAAGGACAGAUGGAAGUCUCUGAGAUCCACUCUGCUAAGUAGAGUCUAGAGAUUCUGAACAGAAC